UCAUGCAAGGAACUGGGCGUGCUUUUACUAUGUUACUAUGUUACUACUUUCACUUGAUGGUUCGAGUAGGUAGGUAGUAAAUCCGUCCGACUUCGGCGUGUGAGCCUAGAUCUCAGGCUGUGCAUCUUCGGACAGAGCGGCGCCGGCGAUCCUCCUCUACCGGGCUGGUGAUCUGCGAUGCCUCUCAAUCGAUUUACAACCGUAUAUAUAGGGUGAAGACCAGCAGCCUCAGUCUACAUCGCAUCCUCCCUUCAGUGUCCGCCACCAACACCUAUUAAUCAUUCCAUUCGUCGACACGCCCGCCGGCAAUAAUCAUCAUGCAGCUCACCAACAUCCUCGCCUCCUCGCUAGUCGGCCUUCUCGGUCUGGCCACGAUCUCGACCGCCCUGCCAACCGAGUCUACACAUCGCUACGGGGAGUCGACGAAACCUCGCUACGGCGCGUGCAAAAACCCCGCCAUCCGGAAAGAGUGGCGUACUCUCUCAACACACCAGCAGGAUGACUACGUCCGCUCCGUCAAGUGCCUGAUGCACUCCCCGGGAAAGCUGCAGGCCCUGGCGUCCGGCGUCAAAACUCGCUGGGAGGACUUCAUUUACAUCCACCAGAUCAAGAUGCCGAUGGUGCACAACGUGGGGCAGUUCCUGCCGUUCCACCGGCUGUACCUUUACGAGUACGAGCGCGUGCUGCGCAGCGAAUGCGACUACGCCGGCUACCUGCCGUACUGGGACGCAAAGCAGGACGGGGCCGACAUCGUCAGCGCGCCGAUCUUCUCGCCCUCGCACGGGUUCGGCGGUAACGGCGCGUACGAUCCCGCCGCUAUCAUCCCGUUCCUCAAUAUCACUGCCGACGGCGGCGGGUGUCUCUUCGAUGGGCCGUUCGCCGGCGAGGUCAUACAUACCGGCCAUGAGGGCGAUACUACCUACCAUGAGCGUUGCAUCAAGAGGAACUUCCUCCAGCUCCCGGCUACUCGCUGGUUCAACGCCGCGGCGGAACAGGAUGUCCUCGCCUCCGAAACCUACGAGCGCUUUGCGGUCGUGCUAGAGGGCGACGGCGACCUAAAUAACACCCUGGGCAUCCACAACGCGGGGCACCUAGGUGUCGGCGGCGAUAUGCUAGACCAAUGGGCCUCUCCCAGCGACCCAAUCUUUUUCGUCCACCACGCGAACAUCGACCGGAUCUGGUCAGUCUGGCAGUCAAAGUCAUCGCAGAACCAGUGGGCAAUCGGCAAUCCCAUCGCGUCGCGGAACCCGCUCACGCGGCCGCUGUGGCCUGACGCCCCAAUGGGGAAUGUUACCCUCGGUUUCAGAAUCGAUAUGGGCCCCAUGGGAAGCAGGCUGGAUGUAAGGGUGGAGCAGGUUAUGGAUACUAGGGGGUCUAUGAUCGGGGGUGGGGAAAGGGGG